AUGGCAAAAAGAGAAAAAAAAAGAAAACUACCAUACCAAAUAGAUAAAUUUCCAAGUCACACCUUUCAUUACUAUUCUCCACCCAAUAGUAAUAAAGAAAUGUAUAACUUUCAACUUAGCAAUGAACUACCUUUCCCAUCACCCCCACCAUCACCAUCUCUUUCGUCGGUAGAUGACGAACAUUCAGAUAAAAUAUUAUACAAUGAAGAAAAUUCAAUAAACACUUUAGAUUUGGGUAGUAAGAAAAAGCAAAAGGUUGAUGGAGAAACACUAAAUAAAAUGUUUCAAGAGUUAAAUGACAAUAGAAAAGAAAUGAACUGUAGUUUAAAUAAUUUUCAAAUAUUAAAUAACAACUUGUUUGUAAAUACUAAUAAAGGUUUAGAAGAAUCCAAUGAAGGUGAAAAAGAUAAUGGUAUUGAACAAAAAGAAGUUGAGGGUCUCUUUUCAUUUCUCGGGGACGAUCAAGAAAUUAAUUUAAAUUACUUUAAUGACUCAUCAAAUUCCUCACUUGAAACCAACUAUGAUGAAAACUUUUUAUCCCCAUCACCCAAUACAACUACUUUAUCUCCAUCACCAACAAACAACCCACAAUACCUCCUUUAUGAUGGUGACUCAUUCGACAAAGUUUUAGAAAACCUUAGUCAGUGUAAUAAUUAA